AUGAAAUCAAAAAACCCACGUACCCUAUCAUCUUCUUCCCAUUCUUCACCUGCAACUGAUGUAGGUAUGGUCGGCUUAGCGAAAAACUGCAAGGGUUUGAAGAAAUUCUCUUGUGGAUCUUGCAUGUUCGGUGCUAAAGGCAUAAACGCCCUCCUCGAUAGCUGUUCUUAUCUCGAGGAGCUGUCUGUUAAACGAUUAAGAGGCAUCAACGACGGAGGAGCAGCGGAGCCGAUUGGGCCAGGGGCGGCGGCUUCCUCGCUCAAAAGUAUAUGUCUUAAGGAGCUAUACAACGGCCAUUUCUUCGGACCUUUAAUUAGCGGUGCAAAAAAACUGAAGACGUUGAAAUUGCUCCGAUGCUUAGGCGAUUGGGAUAGGUUAUUGGAGACGAUAGCGACUGCAGAUAGUUGUUUGGUUGAAGUUCAUCUGGAGAGACUACAGGUAACCGAUGUUGGGCUUUCAUCCCUCUCUAAUUGCUCCAAAUUGGAAAUUCUACACAUCGUCAAGACACCAGAAUGCACAAAUACUGGGGUUGUCGCCAUUGUUGAGCACUGUAAGUACUUAAGAAAGCUUCACAUCGAUGGAUGGAGAACAAACAGGAUAGGAAACGAGGGUUUGACAGCGAUUGCUAAACACAGUGCAAACCUUCAAGAACUUGAUCUAAUUGGGGUCAACCCUAACUCAGCAAGCCUAGAAGCAAUCGCUACAAACUAUCAAAAACUAGAAAGAUUAGCUCUAUGUGGAAGCGAAACAAUAACUGAUGGGGAAAUUUCAAGCAUAGCAUCAAAAUGUGUUGCUUUGAAGAAGCUCUGUAUAAAAGGGUGUCCAGUAUCAGAUGAAGGAAUCGAAGCUUUUGCUUGGGGUUGUCCUAAUUUGGUGAAGAUCAAGGUAAAGAAGUGCAAGAAUGUGACUAGUGAAGUUGGAGAUUGGCUACGAGCUAGAAGAGGAUCAUUGGUGGUGAAUUUGGAUGUGUGUGAAGUUGAAACUGAAGCUGUAGAUGCAAUAUGA